AUGUAUGCCACGGGAAUUCCGAUGGGCUUGUUGACCGAUGCCCGUGGGCCACAACUGAUCACUUUGAUCGGUUCAAUUGCCUUGGGCCUGGGGUAUUUCCCCAUUUAUCUGGCAUAUAAAAACGGCGAAGGGUCAAUGCCUAUUGUGUUCCUAUGCUUCUUCACCUUCCUUACAGGUAUGGGUGGCUGCUCGGCAUUUGGUGGAGCUAUCAAGACAGGUAUGGAACAUCCAGACCAGGGUCUAGGGUGGAUUGAUCUAAUUUAUCUAGCGGCAUCCAACUUCCCUGAUCAUCGCGGCACGGCAACCGCCUUCCCACUGGCUGCCUUUGGACUGAGUGCACUGUUCUGGUCCAAUAUCUCGACUCUGAUCUUCAAAGACGAUACCGGUCGCUUCCUACUGCUUCUAGCGCUUGGAACCUCCGUUCUGUCCUUUUGCUCAAUUCCAUUCCUUCGCAUUCUGGCUAGCGAACCUUACUCGUCUAUUCCUCACAGUGCUGCCGAAUCAGGAAGGCUGCACAACCCCACUGACCUUCAUUCCGUCCCAGAGGAAGCUGAAGACACCGGCCUGCAUGGGUCGACAGCAUUCGAGCAUGGUCAACAUCCCGCACAUGGGCGAUCGCAUUCAAGCGCGUCAAACCGUCAGUCAUAUGGCGACGACGAAAGAUCGUCAUUAGUAUCUAGAAUUGACCGUCCACGUCCAUCUUUCGAUACUCUGGACGAUGAUUUCCUCGCAGAGGUGGACCAUGAAUCUCACCACCUCGAUAUCAGAGGCCUCGCCAUGCUUCGCAAGGCUGAGUUCUGGCAACUUUUCCUGACCAUGGCCCUACUCUCCGGUAUCGGUUUGAUGACCAUCAACAACAUCGGUAACAGCGUCAAAGCCCUAUGGCUCUACUACGACGACAGUGCGACAGAUGUCUUCAUCCAGCACCGCCAAGUCAUGCACGUCUCCAUCCUUUCCUUCGGUAACUUCCUAGGCCGUCUUUCCAGCGGUAUCGGCUCCGACCUCCUCGUCAAGAAACUGGGCAUGUCCCGCUUCUGGUGCCUCUUCUUUUCAGCAGUGGUCUUCACCCUCACUCAACUAGCCGGAACCACAAUCUCCAACCCAAACAGCCUCGUCAUUGUCUCAGGCUUAACAGGAAUCGCUUACGGUUUCCUCUUCGGCGUCUUCCCGUCCCUAACGGCACACACCUUCGGGAUCAAAGGUCUAUCCCAGAACUGGGGCGUCAUGACACUAGCUCCCGUUUUCAGCGGUAACGUCUUCAACCUGCUCUACGGCAACAUCUACGACGGACACUCCGUCGUUGGCAAAGAUGGUGAUCGCGAAUGUCCAGAUGGCCUGGGCUGCUACCGCUCUGCUUACUUCCUGACUUUCAUCUCUGGUUUGCUGGGUAUCGGAGUGUGUCUGUGGAGUAUUCUCCGAGAGAGGAAUGUUCAUAAUGCCAUUAACAGGAAGCUGGAUCACAGACUUGCGUAA